GAAAGAAAGACGGAUAGUAGCAGAAAAAUGGACUUUGACAAAAGGAAAGCUUCGACUCUAGCGUCACUGAGCUCAAAUGAUAUAGACAAAUCACCGAAAGGCACGUUAGAUACACCCAUCAUCCCUUUACUCAACGCCCUCAACAGCCACCCUUCUUACUUCACCACCAGCUCCUGCUCCGGCCGUAUCUCUAUCCUCUCCCAACCGAAGCCAAACCCCAACUCGAAUAAUCCCACCAAAAAGAAAGCCCGAGGAGGCACCUGGGUCUUCAUCACCCACGACAUUGCCGAUCCCGACUCAGUCAUCUCCCUCCUCUUUGCAGACUCUACCAAGUUGACUCCAAUCUGUGAGUUGGUCUUCCGAUUCGAGCCUCUUAUCAUUGCGGUUGAGUGCAGGGACUUAAACUCAGCUCAGAAUUUAGUUUCUUUAGCGAUUUCCUGUGGGUUCAGAGAGUCUGGGAUUACAAGCGUAAGCAAGAGGGUAAUAGUUGGGAUACGGUGCUCCAUACGGUUGGAGGUGCCGUUGGGUGAUACCCAGAAGAUUAUGGUGUCUAAAGAUUACGUGAGGUUCCUUCUUGAGGUUGCCAAUGAGAAAAUGGAAACUAAUAGGAAGAGAAGUGAAGGGUUUCUUAGAGCUUUUCUGAAGGCUCAUGAUGGAGCAUUGGAGAAUGCGAAUGGUUCAAUCUCUAGUGAGAGUGGUGAUUGUGAUGAAGGUCAGGCUGAUUUGGAGAGAAGUUUUGGUGAUAACCAAGACACCGUUCUUGGUGAGAAAGCAAGUUUUUCUUGUGAAUCAUUGGCAGGAACAGGAGUUCCUAGCUGCAGUUUAUCUAUCAGUCAGAUGGUAAUUGCUGGUGAACCCAUAGAAAGGUUGUUCCUUUGGGGUCAUUCGGCUUGUGCCUUGGAAAACACAGACAAGGCUAAGGUUGUUGUAUUUGGUGGCUUUGGAGGUAAUGGAAGACAUGCAAGAAGAAAUGAUUCUUUUCUCCUUGAUCCAUUGCAUGGAACGCUGAAAGAAAUUAAUGUAGUGGGAUGUCCAUCUCCUCGCUUGGGUCACACAUCUUCUUUGAUAGGAGAUUGCAUGUUUGUGAUUGGAGGCAGGGCUGAUCCUUUGAACAUAUUGAGUGAUGUAUGGCUUCUCAAUACUGUUAAGAAUGAAUGGAGGCUACUAGAUUGUACUGGCCGUGCUUUUGCUCCCAGGCAUCGGCAUGCAGCAGCAGUAAUAGGAUCAAAGAUUUAUGUCUUUGGUGGACUUAACAAUGAAACAAUCUUUUCAUCCUUGAACGUUCUUGACACCAAUACUCUGACAUGGGAAGAAUUAGUGGUCCAGGGUGAAAGGCCACGUGCCCGUCAUUCUCACUCAAUGGUGGCAUAUGAAUCUAAGUUAUUCAUGUUUGGAGGGUACUCUGGAGAGAAGGCACUUGGGGACUUGUAUAGUUUUGAUAUUCAAACAUGUUUAUGGAAAGCAGAAAAGGUAGGAGGAAGAAGCCCACAUGCUAGGUUCUCCCACUCGAUGUUUGUCUACAAAAAUUACAUUGGAAUAAUUGGAGGUUGUCCUGUUAGACAACAUUGUCAAGAGUUGGCAUUACUAGAUAUGCGAAACCUAGUUUGGAAGCAUGUGACCCUCUAUUCAAUGGAUAAAGAAAUGUUUGUCCGUUGCACAGCCAAUGUUGUUCAUGAUGAUCUUAUUAUGGUUGGUGGUGGAGCAGCUUGUUAUGCAUUUGGAACAAGGUUUAGUGAGCCUAUGAAAAUCAACUUACUUCCUUUAUUAUCUUUAGAUGAUCAUGACAGUUCUCCAAAGAUAGGAGAAAAUCAAGUUAAUAAGCAAGAGGAGGGUAUGAUGGGAAAUGGGAAUGCUUGUAUUCAAGCUCCACAUGUUGGCAUUGUUUCAACUCAAAGUCCUGAACCUCAGAGUUUAAAAGCUGGGAAUCAGACAGGUGCUUCAAGUUGGGUUGUACAACUUGAAAGAAAAUAUGCAAAAUUAGGAAAGGACAUAUUGAAGAAGUUUGGAUGGUUAGAUCUUGAGAGAAAGGUUUAUGCAAAAGAGGAUGGUUUACUUAUCUCUUUCCCUGUGACAGAGAAGUUUUGUGCUAUUUUUCUGCAAGACAAAUCUGAAGGCCUGAAUGAUCAUCAUCCAUCUAAACCAUUUAGAGCUGAAAGUUGUCUCUUAAAUGAGGUGUCCUCCUCAGCAGCUUUGGAUAUUCUUAAGGAAUAUGGUGCUACUAAGCUACCAGAUGAGGUUGUUGAAGCCAGAAAAGCUUCCAAAUCUCCCCUAAAUAUAAUGACUGAAGCUGUUGCCUCUUUGCUGAGGCAAAAGGGCUUAUCAGUUAAACUUCUGGAGCAGCUACCAAACAGGUGGGAACGACUUGGUGAUAUUGUUGUGCUUCCAGUUUCAUCCUUUAAAGACCCAGUAUGGGAUUCAAUUGGAGAUGAGCUUUGGCCCAUUAUUGCCAGAUCCCUUAAUACUUGUCGUCUUGCUCGCCAAGGCCGAGUUGCAGCAAAUGGUACAAGGGACAGUACUUUGGAGAUUCUUGUGGGAGAUGGUGGCUGGGUUGCCCAUUGUGAAAAUGGGAUUCUAUAUUCUUUUGAUGCUACCAAGUGCAUGUUCUCAUGGGGCAAUCUUUCUGAGAAAAUCCGCAUGGCCAAUUUGGAUUGUACAGGUUCAGUCAUUGUGGAUCUUUUUGCUGGAAUUGGAUAUUUUGUGUUGCCCUUCCUUGUUAGGGCAAAAGCGAAGAUGGUAUAUGCUUGUGAAUGGAAUCCCCUUGCCAUCGAGGCUCUUAAACAAAAUCUUCAAGCCAAUUCUGUCUCGGAUCAUUGUAUCAUACUUGAAGGGGAUAAUCGAGUUACAGCACCCAAGGGAAUUGCAGAUCGAGUUUGUCUUGGUCUUCUUCCCUCAAGUGAAGGUAGCUGGCUUACUGCUGUGAGGGCAUUAAGGAGUGAGGGUGGAAUAUUACAUGUGCAUGGGAAUGUGAAGGACACCGAGGAGGAAUUAUGGACUAACCAUGUUUCAAAAUCGAUAUAUGAAAUUGCAAGAUCAGAAGGUCAUUGUUGGGAAGUCACCAUUGAUCAUGUUGAGAGAGUGAAAUGGUAUGCCCCGCACAUCCGCCAUCUUGUUGCUGAUGUUAGAUGCAGGCAGAUUCAAGGAUGAAAUAUUUUGUAACAAAUAGUAUCUGUGUGUCUCCUAGGAAUAACCCGAGUAACGGGUGGCAACAGGCAUUUAAGUUCUAUUCUAAUGCCCGAUCUGCUCAUUACCCAUUUUUCCACCCAAACCUGAAUAACUCAUAUUAGACUUACUGGAAGCUUCAGUCACACAGACCUUAGUCCAUGGUGUUACUUAGAUAAGUUGGUCGAGUAAGAAUUUAUUGAAAUUAAAAAAUCUUUUACAUUUUUUUUUUAAUUUCUUGUCAAAGUAUUCAAAUAAGAAAAGGACGUUGGCCGUGGGGCGUUAAUGAUCAAUGCCUUCUAUCAUCAUGAAAUGAAAGUUGAAAAGCG